CCCCCACCCCGAACGAUGAGCGCGGCGGACAAGGUGAAGCCGGCGGCCAGCCCGGCGUCGGAGGACCCCUCCGCCAUCGCCGGCAACAUCUCCUACCACGCGCAGUACAGCCCCCACUUCUCGCCGCUCGCAUUCGGCCCCGAGCAGGCCUUCUACGCCACCGCCGAGAGCGUCCGGGACCACCUCCUCCAGAGAUGGAACGACACGUACCUGCAUUUCCACAAGACGGAUCCCAAGCAGACGUACUACCUCUCCAUGGAGUACCUCCAGGGCCGCGCGCUCACCAACGCCAUCGGCAACCUCGGCAUCACCGGCGCCUACGCCGACGCCAUCAAGAAGUUUGGUUACGAGCUUGAGGCCGUCGCUGGACAGGAGAGAGAUGCGGCUCUGGGAAAUGGUGGCUUGGGCAGGCUUGCAUCUUGCUUUUUGGAUUCAAUGGCAACACUGAACUUGCCUUCUUGGGGCUAUGGCCUUCGUUACCGAUAUGGCCUGUUCAAGCAGCGCAUUGCCAAGGAGGGCCAAGAAGAAAUCGCUGAAGAUUGGCUUGAUGUACCCUUUCUAUAUGCUCAUAAAAUUCUUCACAACUUUUUUUUAAUCUAGAUCUCCAUAAUAGUUCUUCUGUUUGAUAUUUUUCAGAAGUUUAGCCCAUGGGAGAUUGUCAGGCAUGACAUUGUAUACCCAAUCAGAUUUUUUGGGCAUGUCGAGAUUGCGCCAGAUGGAAGGCGGAAAUGGGCCGGAGGAGAAGUUCUGAGCGCUCUAGCCUAUGAUGUGCCAAUUCCUGGGUACAAGACAAAAAAUGCAAUCAGUCUUCGCCUUUGGGAUGCAAAAGCUACUGCUGCGGAUUUCAACUUAUUCCAGUUCAAUGAUGGCCAGUAUGAGUCAGCUGCUCAACUUCACUCGAGGGCACAGCAGAUAUGUGCUGUUCUUUAUCCUGGUGAUGCUACAGAAGAAGGAAAGCUUCUUAGAUUAAAGCAGCAGUAUUUCCUUUGCAGCGCGUCACUUCAGGAUAUUAUUUUCAGAUUUAAGGAAAGGAAACCUGACAGAGUUUCAGGGAAGUGGAGUGAGUUCCCUUCCAAAGUUGCUGUUCAAAUGAAUGACACUCACCCGACUCUUGCCAUCCCUGAGCUGAUGAGGUUGCUUAUGGACGAGGAGGGACUUGGUUGGGAUGAAGCCUGGGAUGUCACAAAUAAGACGGUUGCUUACACCAAUCAUACAGUUCUUCCUGAAGCUCUUGAGAAAUGGUCACAGGCUGUAAUGAGGAAAUUGCUUCCACGUCACAUGGAAAUCAUUGAGGAAAUUGACAAGCGGUUCAGAGAAAUGGUAAUCUCCACCCGGAAGGAUAUGGAGGGAAAGAUUGAAUCGAUGAGGGUUUUAGAUAACAAUCCCGAGAAGCCAGUAGUGCGGAUGGCGAAUUUGUGUGUUGUGGCUGGGCAUACGGUGAAUGGAGUGGCCGAAUUGCACAGCAACAUCUUGAAAGAAGAGCUGUUUGCAGAUUAUCUCUCUAUUUGGCCUAAAAAGUUCCAGAACAAAACUAAUGGAAUUACACCACGUAGAUGGCUCCGCUUUUGCAACCCUGAGCUGAGUGAAAUAGUCACGAAAUGGCUAAAAACAGAUCAGUGGACAAGCAACCUUGAUCUUCUCACUGGGCUUCGGAAAUUCGCAGAUGAUGAAAAACUACAUGCUGAGUGGGCAGCAGCCAAGCUGGCCAGCAAAAAGCGCCUAGCCAAGCAUGUAUUGGAUGUGACAGGAGUCACAAUUGACCCGAACAGCCUUUUCGAUAUACAAAUUAAACGCAUCCAUGAAUACAAGAGACAGCUAAUGAACAUUUUGGGAGCUGUGUACAGAUACAAGAAGUUGAAGGAAAUGAGCGCAGAAGAGAGGCAGAAGGUUACACCGCGCACUGUCAUGGUAGGAGGGAAAGCAUUUGCAACAUAUACAAAUGCUAAAAGAAUUGUGAAAUUGGUAAAUGAUGUUGGUGCUGUGGUGAACAACGAUGCUGACGUCAACAAAUAUCUGAAGGUGGUGUUUAUUCCAAACUACAACGUUUCAGUGGCUGAAGUGCUCAUUCCUGGCAGUGAACUGUCACAGCACAUUAGUACUGCAGGCAUGGAAGCAAGUGGAACAAGUAACAUGAAGUUCUCUCUGAAUGGCUGUGUUAUCAUUGGAACUCUCGAUGGAGCCAAUGUUGAAAUCAGAGAAGAAGUGGGACAAGACAACUUCUUCCUUUUCGGUGCCAAAGCAGAUCAGAUUGCUGGUCUGAGGAAGGAAAGGGAAAAUGGCUUGUUCAAACCAGACCCACGCUUUGAAGAAGCCAAGCAGUUUAUCAGGAGUGGUGCUUUCGGUACCUAUGACUACACUCCUCUCUUGGAUUCCCUUGAAGGGAACACUGGAUUUGGGCGUGGUGACUACUUCCUUGUUGGCUAUGACUUCCCAAGCUACAUUGAGGCACAGGCCCGGGUUGAUGAAGCCUACAAGGACAAGAAGAAAUGGAUCAAGAUGUCCAUCUUGAACACGGCUGGAAGCGGCAAAUUCAGCAGCGACCGCACCAUCGACCAGUACGCGAAGGAGAUCUGGGGCAUUUCGGCCUGCCCUGUUCCAUGAAGAGGAGAAACGGUCAACGGCGUUGGACGAUGAUGCUUGGCAGUAAUAAGGAUCUUAUAAUGGUCCCCGGUGAAUAACCCCUGCUUCCGUUGUAGCUGAGAAGAAUGAAGCAACGUAUGAAGCCUGCUGUGUUGCGUAUUCCGCUGCAGUUUUGAGAAGAAGUAGCGCUGAAAAGUGUGGCGGCAUGCCACGCCCGUAGGAGAGCCCGUUUCAAUUUUUGGUGCUCAGUUGGUUUUUGUUUUUGUUUUUUUGCGGGAAUGAUGCUCAAUGAAAUAUGGAGUGGAGCGAAGAGGUUGAUUGAAUGACAAUUUUUGUUUGGUGAAUAAUUUCAUGUAGGUCUUUGCAUA